AAUGAGUAAAAGAGGAUGAAGGGCAGCGAAAGGGCCGGGGAAGGAGAGACAGGCAAUAUAAACUCCAGAAGCAGAAGCUUCGGCGCAAAUGCAAGCCGACUGGGCGUGUUGAUCUCUCACCUCUGUCACUCUCCUCCUUCCAUGGCUUCCGAGAAGGAAGCUGCCCUCGCCGCUGCUCCGUCUGAUUCUCCUACCAUAUUUGACAAAAUUAUUAACAAGGAAAUACCAUCGAAAGUGGUUUAUGAAGAUGAUAAGGUUCUUGCUUUUAGGGACAUAGCCCCACAAGCUCCUGUACACAUUUUGAUUAUUCCCAAAGUUAAGGAUGGCCUGACUGGACUCUCGAAGGCUGAGGAACGGCACUGUGAGAUUCUUGGGCGCUUGCUUUACACUGCCAAGCUUGUUGCUAAACAGGAAGGCCUUGAAGAGGGAUACAGGACUGUGAUUAAUGAUGGGCCAAAUGCAUGUCAAUCUGUGUAUCAUCUUCACGUUCACCUCCUUGGGGGACGUCAAAUGAACUGGCCCCCUGGCUAGGAUGGAAGGUUCUAGAUUCCAGUCUUGACGGGUCAUCCGGUGGAGGACCACCAGUAUUAUUCGUCGAGAACUGAAUAUCAGUUUUUACUUUGUAUGAAAUUCUAUUAGUAAUAAACGGUUGAAGGACCACCCCAGCUCUUGCAAUGGGGCAACAACAGUUGCUUGUCUGUUCACAUAUUUUCAUGAGAUACUGGUAAAAGUAUGUUGUGGUACUAUUGUGUUUUCA